AUGAGUUUACAAAAACACGUCAACUAUUUUAAAUCAGAUUUUGGGAAAAUGAAGGCAGAUGACAGUGUAGUCAGUAUGAUGACAUCCAAGAAGUGGACAGUAGAGGAGGUAUUCAGAUGGACUCCGGUACGCUUCGCAGAGGAGACUGGCUCCUGGGAAUGGCUGGAGAAAAUGUUGCAAAGUGGCAUGUCUCCAAAGGACCUCAGUGUCACGAGGAGAAGGCUGUCCAUCGGAGAGGCCGCAGCCUCGCUGAUGCGCGAGGUCUGCAGUAAGGGCCACCUACAGCUGCUGAGGCUGGCGUUGUCGGUGGACGCGAAGUUGGCGUCGGCGGUUCUGGACAGCUGUGGGUCGACGCCGCUGCACGUGGCCGCAGCCAACAGGCGCGACGCGGUGGUACGACUGCUGCUGGAAGCGGGCACCGACUGCGAGGUGAGAGACAGCCGCGACCGCACGCCCCUCCACGCCGCCGCCGCCAGUGGAAGCGUCCACGCCCUCCGGCUGCUGCUGGAUGCCGGCAGCGACCCAGAGAGCCAGGACUCAGAAGGAAACACCGCGGUGCACCUCGCCUCCCAAGCUGGCCACACGACUAUCCUGAACGUUAUGUUCGACAGGGGCGUGUCUCGCUGCAUGGUCAAGAUGCAGCUCCUCUUGUCAGCUGAAAGUGGAAAUGUUGAGGGGGUGCGCCUCGCACUGAAGUACACGUCUGGCUGGGGUGGUACGUGGAGCGACAUGCACAGUGUGGCCAUCAGGGGCGGCGGCACGGCAGUGAGAACGCUGAUGGCCGCAGGAGUCGACCCGAACGCCCGCGACGCUAACGGCGACACCCCGCUGCACGCCGUGGCGGCCGCGGGCUGCCCGGGGGCGGCGGAGGCGCUGUUGGAGGCCGGCGCAGACGUGGACGCGGCCGACUCGAGCGGCUCGACGCCGCUGCACUACGCGGUGCGUGUUGGAAACCUGGGGGUGGCGCACGUGCUGCUGGCCGCGGGCGCCGACGUGGAGGUUACAACUGGCACCGUCCGUUGA